CAGUUCUUGCAGAGACUCUGCGUUGUGCACACGUACCGUACGACCAGAAUAUACGAAAUAUAUAUAUUAUAUAUAUUUUUAUACACAUCUAUUAUCACAAUAUUCAAAAGAAAAGAAUAAAAAAAAAAUAAAUAAAAAAAAAAACAGUCUAAACCAGACGAGCGUAUACUAUAUACACUUAUUAAUAAUUAUCUGUCCAUGCGUCAAAUUUAUGCUCCCUGUUGAUAAAGAUUAGACCCAAAACUUUUGGUGAAAGAAGUGCGAAACGUGCAAAAAGUUAUUCAGCAGAAAUAUUUCAAUAAUUAUAAAUUAUUAUUUAUAUUUAUUUAUAUUUCCAUAUAUUUCAUAUAUAUACAUAUAAGUCGCGUGUGUGUGUGCGUGUGCGUGCCGGAAAAGUGCGUAAAGCUUUUCCAAUUAUUUAUUUUGUUUUGUUUUGGUUUUGUUUUUCAACAAAUUUCGCGCGCUUGGGCGUUAACACUGAACGCUUGUCAGAAUGACUACCAAAAUGGCAAUAAAUGCAAAGGAUAUUUUCCGCAAUCAGCAUCGCUUGAUCCGCUUCAUUGAGCAGUCGAUCAGGCUGUGCAGCAAUCAGUCGCUGAAGACGGCACAGCAGCAGCAUCAGAAGAGCAAUGCCACAGCCGAUUUCGAGAUCAGCGCCUCGGUCAACACAGAGUACACACACGCCCCGGAGCCGAUCAAGCACGACAAGGACUUGGGGCAACAGUUCAAGGCGUCACAGCUGGCUGUGCGCCUGGCCACGCCCCAACAGCUGCAGCCCAAGCCGGACAACGACGAGGAGCUGGGUUUCGGCAAACUGUUCACAGAUCAUAUGCUCAAGAUCUACUAUCACAGGAGUCUGGGCGGCUGGCAGAGGCCGGAGAUAACGCCGCUGGAGAAUCUAGUCAUGCAUCCAGCUGCCAAGGUGCUGCACUAUGCCGUUGAGCUCUUUGAGGGCAUGAAGGCCUACCGCGGCGUGGACGGCAAGAUACGCAUCUUCCGGCCGGACAUGAACAUGGCCCGCAUGAACUUGGCCGCCCAGCGGUCCGGCCUGCCCACCUUCGAGGGCAAGGAGUUUGUCAAGUGCCUCGCCCGUCUGCUCUCCAUCGACUCCGAGUGGGUGCCACACACAGAAGCCGCCAGCCUCUAUAUCCGACCCACCCUGAUUGGCAUCGAUCCCACGUUAGGCGUCGCCUCAUCCGACUCGGCGCUGCUCUACUCCAUACUCAGCCCGGUGGGCAGCUACUUCAAGACUGGCAGCAAUGGCGCUGUCUCCCUGCUCGCCGAUCCCCGAUACACGCGCGCCUGGCCCGGCGGCGUGGGCAAUCGCAAAAUGGGCUCCAACUAUGCACCCACCAUCAACGUACAAAAGGAGGCUGCCGCCCGCGGGCUCCAGCAGGUGCUCUGGCUCUACGGCGAGGACCAUCAGCUCACCGAGGUGGGCACCAUGAACAUCUUCAUGUUCUAUGUCAACGAUCAAGGAGAACAAGAACUGAUAACCCCGCCGCUGAAUGGUCUGAUACUGCCCGGCAUCACGCGCGACUCCAUCCUGUCCAUGACCAGACAGUGGGGCAAGUUCAAGGUGCGCGAGGGCGUCAUCACCAUGUCCAUGGUCACGGAACUGCUCAAUCAGGGACGCCUGCUGGAACUUUUCGGCACCGGCACCGCCUGCGUCGUCAGUCCCGUCAAUCGGAUCAACUACAUGGGCCAGGAUCUGUACAUACCCACCAUGGAGCAGGAGAAGCCCGUCCACGAGCUGAUACGCGAGACCCUGACAGACAUACAGUAUGGCAAGGUGGAUCAUCCCUGGUCCGUGGUGAUUGACUAAACAACAACUACUACUUCAAUGAAGCCCAACAUCCACCGGAUCAGCACGAGUUGUGUAUUAGUAGGUUAUAUAGAGUUCCGAUACGUACUCCUGGGCUGGCGAUGUGCUCGAAUUUUGUUUGUUUGUUGCAUUUAAGGAAUGCCCGAGAGCAUUCGGUCUAUACGUAAAACGCAUACAUAAUACAUAUCUAUUAUAUAUACAUAUAUAAAGUUAAUGCUAAGUUAAGGGCCGGUCUUGCACCCAUGGCUAUAUAGUUACUAUAUACCAUAUCUAUAUCUAUCAUUUCUCUAUAAGUCGCACAUUAACCUUUUUUUUUUUUAUUCAUAAUUUAUUUAUGCACCCACUUUUUUUUGUUUUUGUUUUGAUAUGUAUACAUAUUUUAUUUUGUCAUGCAUUUAACUUAUACGGCUCAGAUCAAUUAGGAAACAAAGCAAUUUAUGGUAGAAUGAAAUGUUUUAAGAUUUACGAAUGCCUUUUGCAAGCUUUUACUUCCAAAUUUAAUAUGAAUUAAAAGAAAAAAAAAACGAAAACAACAAAAAAAUAAAAAAACAUUGCCAAAGUUAAGUUCAGGAACUGCCAAAAACUAAAUCUAAAAAAAAAAAAAAAAACUCAAACAAAAACAAAUUAAUUUUGGAAACGUACCGGAGGCAAAUGCAUUUAUUAGUUUGUAAGUAGCCAGAAUUGAGUCCAAGUUGAACAAAAGACGCAUUUCUGGAAUGUAUUUUAUGUUUUUUUUUUUUUUUUAUGGCUUAAUAUUGGAGGUAAAGGCAGCCCCAGGUGCGCUGCAGAGCAAGCUGUGACUAAACUAUUGUAUCUAGCUGUUAGACAAGUCAUCUAUACAGUACCUAUACACUUACAUAUGCGUAUGUAUACGAGAGCUAAAUCUAAUCAUAUGAGUCGAAGCGUAAAUAAAAAAAAAAAAAAAAAAAAAAAAAAAAAAAAAAAAAAAACAAAAAUACAAAAAUAAAUCUAAAUAUAAAUGUAAAAAACGCCCAUAAAGCGAGAAAAACAAAAAUUACUUUGUGCCUUGUAAAGUUUAGAAACUUGUUAUAAAUGUGCUGUUUUUAAAAUUGCCGGGCAAUUUAUGCAGAUUUCGUGCGCAGCUCGACUGGAAGCUUAAAACAUUUUCGCUGUGCGCAAAAGUAUGCAAUGAAAUUGUGUAUUGUAAAGCUGCACUGUAUUAAUGCACCGUGGCAGACAGACAACCAAUGGCUUAAGAACCCUCAUAACAUUAUAUAUAUUAUGUUAAAAUUAGAUUUAUUACGAAUUGCUAUUUUAGUUUACAAUAAAUAUGCUCAAGUUAAAAAAACACAAGAAACAAAUUGUAACUGAUUCUAUCCAUAGCAGCUCAGCUUUUGUCAGCGAGCAUUCAAAACAUACGCAGCCCAAAAGUAUGCUACGUAAAAUUAACUGACUAAUGCACGGACAA